AUGUCCGAACCUAGCUUUCUUCCAAAAUACAGUCGAAACAGGAAUCCGGUUAGUAGGACGGGGAUGUCCAUAACCCAACGAAGAGGCACAGACGAGACGAGUACACUUGACGUAGGCGGCGCAUGGGUCUCACCCCGUCUCCAGUGCGAUAAAUGCUAUGUGCUCCAGAAAAACGGCAGCGAUGAUGCGCAAAAUGGACGGACUCCGUGGGCUCGAAGUCAGCUGUCUUUGUCCAUCUUGGCAAUGUUAUGGCACUACGGAUCACGUGUCCAAAAGUCCACCCCACGAGCAGACCAUGGAAUUGUCUUGUACGAUCGCGACGGCGCGGUGGCGUGCCCGGGUAGUCCCGUGUGUAUAGUCGCUUCUGAAUGCGUCGCCUCCAUCGAAGUGGUGUCUGCGGCCUUACAAGUCGGCAGUUGCGGUGAUUUGCCCAAGUUCUUGCCCGGGCAUGAACCAUGCUGGUGA